AUGGCAACGCUAUUGCCGCACAAAAAGCGCCACGCACCUCAACAAGCGCCAAAUAAAACGAAUCCACCAUAUAUGAUGGGGUGUGCACCUUGGUGGGUGCUGACAGUGCCAGCUCCACGACGCGAUGGCAAGCGGAAAAUCUCAUUUGCCGAGGCAUUGAAGGACUUCCUGCGGAAUGUAUCAUUUCAUUGUUAUGGAAAAUUAGUGGAGCCUCAUCGGCGUUUCCACGAACGUUUCUUUUGGAUUAUAUUCCAUGUCACAAUGAUGAGCGUACUGAUUGUCUUUCUAUAGAGUACGUCCAUCUUCGAGGGGCAAUUUUUAAGCACAACCAUGUUUGAUCUAUUAUAUCCCAUACAUAAAGUGCCCUUUCCCACAAUAUCGAUAUGCACACAGAAUCGCAUGUCGAAUAUUUCCGUUACCAGAUAUGCGGAAAAACUCCAGCAAAAAGAUCCUUACAAACGAGGAGAUAAUUAUUUUUAAAACGAAAAGGACAAUAACUAUGAAGAUUUCUUAGAAUUUCAAAACUUUUUGGAUAUUUACGACACCACGGAUAGUGAGGUAUUUUAUAAUACCAGAGAUCGCAUGAAGGAGUUAGCACCAAGUUGCAAGGAUAUUUUAAGCCGUUGCCGUUUAGCCGGAGAAGACUUUGAUUGUCUAAGGAAAUUUACAGAACCUUUAACAGCAAAUGGAUUUUGUUACACCUUUAAUGAAGAUGGCCUAUUAAUGACGAAUAAAGAGGCUAUAUUCGAAGCCGCGGCCUCAAAGUUGGAGUUUUUACAAACAGUUAAAUGGCCUCACAUCGCUAGUGGUUCGGUAAAGGAACACUUCGUGGAAUGUGGUAUGGAUACAUAUUUGUCAAUUAAGCCGGGUGUCAUUGAAACUGUCAACGAAGCUCGCAUACUGUCGCCGUCAGUGCGCAAAUGCUAUUUUGACGACGAGCAAGCCCGCAUAUUUGGUAAACCAUGCAGUUUCAAUAGAUGUAUAACACGUUGUCGCAUGUAUAGCAUACUGGUAUUAUGCAAUUGUUUGCUUUUCAUACAUCCCAAUGGGUUAUUAGAUGUGUCUACGGAUUUUGUAUAUUGUACGUUGAGGCACAAAGCCUGCUUAGACCGUUAUUAUUGCAAAUGGUCUAAUGUUAUUACUGAACGCGAAUACAUUCCUGGACUCGAACGUCAAAUGGAGGAUUCUCUAUACUGCCCGCAAUGCUUGCCGCUAUGCAACUCGGUGCGCUACGAUUUAUAUAUAGAGUACAUAUAUACUUCGUUCGAUUGCAGAGAAAUAGCAGAGGAAAAUAUAUCGAGCCUUGCGUUGACCCAUAUAUAUUUCGGAAUCAUACAUACUCAAAUUUUUAGACGUGUACUCAAAGACACGUGGUUUGAAGUACUGAGUUUUAUUGGCAACAUUGUGAGCAUUAUGACGGGCUUCUCAUUAGUUGGUAUUUGUGAGGUGCUAUAUUUCAUUUAUCGUCAAUUGUUUUUGGUUUUCAAAAGUGAAAUGGCAUUUGAUCGCAAGGCUAAAAAGCAGAAAGCAAAAAUAGGUUUGAUAAUUCUGCCAUGAGAAAUGGUAUUUAUCGGAAUUUUAUUUAUUUGUAUUACCGUUAAAAUAUUUUGUCUAAGUAAAUUGUUUAUGGAAGUUGUAAUAGAUACA